CAAGCCCUUUACGUCACGCGCGUGAACGCGCACGAGUCGCCACACUAUGCUGGCUGGAGAUCACUGAGGAAGACAACUGGUUUCCUUGACAUAUUAAUUUGGUGAGGUUUAAGCCUCAAGUCAAAAUGGCAGACACAAAGCGUCUUGCGUUCUCCAUCGUCCAGUUUCUCCAUGACCAGCUCUCCUCUGGGGGUCUGUCAACAGACGCUCAAGAAAGUUUAGAAGUUGCCAUCCAGUGUCUGGAGACAGCAUUUGGCGUGUCUAUGGGUAACAAGAGCUUAGCAGUCAGUCAAACUCUGCCAGAAAUAUUUGCAUCUGCAACAAAGCUGGAAGGUGCAGCACAAGAUAAGACCAAAUCAUGUAGUGGUUCACCGACAGAGGAGCAGCUGGCGGAGGCAGAACGUCUUAAAACCGAUGGCAAUGAUCAUAUGAAGGUAGAGAACUUUAGUGCAGCUGUGGAGUUCUACUCUAAAGCAAUCCAACUUAAUCCUCAAAAUGCAGUCUACUAUUGCAACAGAGCUGCAGCUUACAGCAAACUUGGUAACUAUGCUGGAGCUGUUCAAGACUGUGAAUGUGCCAUUGGAAUUGAUCCAAACUACAGUAAAGCAUAUGGACGGAUGGGGCUUGCUCUUUCAAGUUUGAACAAAUACACUGAGGCUGUGAGCUACUACAACAAAGCAUUGGAGUUGGACCCCGACAACGACACUUACAAAACCAACUUGCAAAUAGCAGAACUGAAGAUGAAGGAAACGCAGUCCAGCCCAGCAGGAGGUAUGGGUGGAGUUGACUUGGCCGGUUUGCUGAGUAAUCCUGGUUUCAUGAAUAUGGCAUCUAAUUUAAUGAACAACCCACAAGUGCAGCAACUGAUGUCAGGUAUGAUGUCUGGAGCAUAUAGUCCUAUGGGGGCUGCCACCUCCCCAGGAGCACCAGCUGGAGCGGGUGGAGGUGCCAAUGACCUUUCUGGCCUCAUACAGGCUGGUCAACAGUUUGCACAGCAAAUGCAGCAGCAGAACCCAGAGCUUAUUGAGCAGCUAAGGAGUCAAAUGCGCAGUCGACCUCCAAGUAGUGCUGGCAACGAGGAACCCUGAGGAAAUUAUUUGUCUGAAUUUGAAUAUCUGAAUUUAACCAUUACCUUGUGGACCUAUGGAAGAUGGGCUAUGUUUUAAUUUAAGAUACAUCUCGUUCCUACAAUUCCAGGGAUGAGACCAGGUUUUUUCAUCACAAUAAAAACUGUAUGUGUGCCCACUGCCCCACAUUGUUCUACCUGUUGGGAAAGGUUGUCAGUUCAAAUGUACACAACAUAAAUGGGCACUGGACUCAAAAAAACUGUUAAAAUGUACUAAAACAUCAAACUGGAUUAACAUUAUAUUCCCUUGUAAUAAUCCACUUUACUGGAUUGGGAUUGUAAACAAAUCACUGCCACAUGGACAUAAUGCAGAUUUGCUGUGUUAACACCUCAGUGAUUCACCUGUCCAACAACUUUUUGUCAGAACUGAUUGGGGUUGACAAAUGAACGUGCAAUCUCAACAUGAACAUUUAAUAUCAGAUUUCAAAUAGGAUUUAUGUUAUUAUUUUCUUUGCAUCUCAAGUUUUAGAACUGCUCCCCUGUCAUGCUUUCAGCUGUAAAACCAAUCAAAUGUGUUAAAAUUGUCACGUAUAACUUGUUCAUAACUGAUUCGUAUUAUGUUGUGAUGAAUUGGAUUAAAUGAAGAGAAUGUUUUUCCAUUA